UCUUCUUCAAUGUUAAGCGUUUCUUAACAGGCCAUUGUUUGUUUGUCUGGCUGAAAACCUUGUCUCAAUGCGGGGGUGUCAAGUGUUUGGCAAAGAUGAAAAGAAGUGUUUGAAGACGAUGAUCCCUGGACAAGUCAUGUGGACACUGUUUGCUGAUGGUUUGGGGCCUAAAGAACAUGUUUGACACAAAUAACACGUGGCAUGUGUUUAAAGAGCAAUGUAAAAUUGCACGGCAGUUAUGAGGCUGCUCUCCAAGAAACUCUACUGCAAGUGAUAUGUUUGUCAGUGUUGAGGUGCCUUCUCGCUCGAUGUGUUGCAUAAUUUUUGAUGUGUAGAUUUAUGUGCAGGGCAUCCGAGUUGCAAAAUGCCUUCAUUGCCUUACUAGCUAGCAUGGGAACGUGCCCUGUGAGACUGUUUUCCAGUCUGUGGAGUUACUGAACAUGGAACAUGUCUGAACAUGUCUGUAUUUUGGACAUGUGUGAUGAGAGCAAUACGUAUGUGUUUUUGUUGUUGUUGGUUUUACUCAGUUUGUUCUGUCUGACUGUCUUUUUUACUGUGUUGUUUUGUUGUGUUGUGAUAUGGAUGCCCCUGGGUCUGGAAUGAAGGAGACAUUUAAUUGAAAAUAUGAGUGAGAAGCAUUAGGCUACAUUACCUUGGCCUGAGGUAAGUGUAAAAUCUAUAGUAUUGUGAUUUGCAUUGAAAGGGACAACAUCAUUGUCUUCUAUGAGAGCACCAGGUAACUGGGGGGUAUUAGUUACAGUGUAGACUUUUUGUAAAGAUCCGAAUGUACAAAUAAUGUUACUUUUUUGUAAUAUAUGCCAUGGCAGAGAGGUAAAACCACGCCCUCUAGCGGAGUUCUAUAUCAGAUCUGAUGAAACGCCGAACUGAACAUCUUGUUCACAUCACCAAACUGUCCAAAGCAGUCCCAGGACAUUUUUUUUUCUAUUUGAGCAAAAGUUAUUUCUUUCACUCCGGAGUGCGUGAAGAAUUGGACAGUUGAACUGAAUAAGCACUGUGAAACGUGGAAAUAGCCAUGCGCAUUGCCAUGCGUAUUGUUUAACAUAACACCAAAUCCAAAUGUUUUAUUUAAUUGUUCAUCACUUCUGUUGAGUGUUUUGUUUUUGUAGGUUAUGUGUGUGUUUUUUUUAUUAUUAUUAUUAUUUUUUACACGUGAGUAUCUGGGGAAACAGAGCGAGCAUCACAUGGCCCAAUGAAUAAUGGGAGGGUUAAUCUCGUGCAUGGGACAAAUGGGACUUUCGGACCCUCCCGUGGAGCUGCCGCACGUCGCCAGCUUAACAACCGAACCAACCACGUUUCACGCUCUAUUCAGAGGCAAAGAAAGAGAGGUGGAAGAGAGCGAAGGCAGGCAGAUAAGCGAAGCUGCGGGGCAACACCCAAACUGGUCGGCCGUGUAUUUCGGCGCUCUGCUGGUUGGCGAGGAAAUGCGGCGACAACCAUGCGAAUGCUAGAGAGCUACCGUUUUUCAAACAACCGUGCCUAGUGUCGCUGCAGUUGGGAUUCUUUACGUUUUAGAUUCGUUCCUCUUUUUCCGUCACACGAAAGGGGCCUUAGCGCUUUUUGUUGUUUUUGUAUCCUUCCCCGUCUCCAAGCGAUGGUGGCAACAUUUCGGGAGGUGUUUGAGGAAGCAGUUCCAGUGUUUGCGGAGCAGGUUGAGAAUGCCAGUCUGGAUGUAGCUGAUUGGAGUACCAGAGUUGGUGAUCAGAGUACGGAGGGGGAGGAGGGGAGAUUCUGAAGGGGUUUUUUCUGUGUGUGACUCUUCCGCGGCCAUGUUAACCAAGAAGCCCUGCGCUGCCGUCUACUCCUCGGGCAAAGGGGGCGAGAUCCACCAGCUAGAGUCUUCCCCCGGAAUCGGAGUCGGGGGUCUUCGGCCCGCUGUAGGGACCGACCCGACCUCUCCAGUCACAUUACCACCCCUCAGGAAUACCAACUCUCUAACAGUAGGAGGCAAUAAGCACACAAUGAAUGACCACCUGCACAUCGGGAACCACCAGCACAUCCACGUCCAGCAGCUGUUCGAGGAGAACAGCAACAAGCGGACAGUGCUGACCACGCAGCCCAACGGCCUGGCGCCGCUCAACCGGACUGGCCUGCCUGUGCCCGAGCGGGCCCAGGACUCGGGCACCCAGUGCAGGCAGGGCAGCUCAUCCUCCAUCAAGUCCUCCACGACGGAGACCAAGCCCAAGGCCACGCCCAUGAGCCCCGACCAGGCCAUGAAGCAGUACAUGGCCAAGCUGUCGGCCUUCGAGCACCAGGAGGUCUUCAACUACCCCGAGGUGUUCUUCGUGGGGCCCAACGCCAAGAAGCGGCCUGGCGUGGUCGGCGGCUCCAACAACGGUGGCUACGACGACGACCAGGGCUCGUACAUCCACGUGCCGCACGACCACAUCUCCUACCGCUACGAGGUGCUCAAGGUCAUCGGCAAGGGCAGCUUCGGGCAGGUGGUCAAGGCCUAUGACCACAAGACGCAUACGCACGUGGCGCUCAAGAUGGUGCGUAACGAGAAGCGGUUCCACCGGCAGGCGGCGGAGGAGAUCCGCAUUCUAGAACACCUGCGCAAGCAGGACAAAGACUCGGCCAUGAACGUCAUCCACAUGCUGGAGCAUUUCACCUUCCGGAACCACAUCUGCAUGACCUUUGAACUCCUCAGCAUGAACCUCUACGAACUCAUCAAGAAGAAUAAGUUCCAGGGCUUUAGCUUGCCCCUGGUGAGGAAGUUCGCCCACUCCAUCCUGCAGUGCCUGGACUCUCUGCAUAAGAACCGCAUCAUCCACUGCGACCUCAAGCCCGAGAACAUCCUGCUCAAGCAGCAAGGGCGCAGCGGUAUCAAGGUGAUCGACUUUGGUUCCAGCUGCUACGAGCACCAACGGGUCUACACCUACAUCCAGUCCCGCUUCUACCGCGCCCCAGAGGUGAUCCUGGGAGCACGCUACGGCAUGCCCAUCGACAUGUGGAGCCUGGGCUGCAUCCUGGCGGAACUGCUGACUGGAUACCCACUGUUGCCCGGUGAGGACGAGGGCGAUCAGCUGGCGUGCGUCAUCGAGUUGCUGGGCAUGCCUUCGCAGAAGCUUCUGGACUCGUCCAAGCGCGCCAAGAACUUUGUCAGCUCCAAGGGUUACCCGCGCUACUGCACAGUCACCACACUGCCCGACAACACGGUGGUGCUGAACGGCGGGCGCUCACGCAGGGGCAAGCUGCGGGGACCCCCCGCCAGCAAGGACUGGAUAACAGCGCUCAAGGGCUGCGACGAUGCCCUCUUCUUGGACUUCCUCAAACAGUGCCUGGAGUGGGACCCAGCCCUGCGCAUGACGCCCAGCCAGGCCCUACGCCACCCCUGGCUCAGGAGACGUCUUCCCAAACCCCCAACGGGCGAGAAGACCUCUUCCUCAUCCACCACCACCACCACAACGUCGUCAACGACAACGGGUAAGCGGAUAACCGACGGCAACGACUCCAUCACCACGACGAUCUCCAAAUUGCCUCCCACGUCGGGGUCGGCUACGAAGCUUAGGACUAACCUGACGCAAAUGACCGACGCGAAUGGGAAUAUUCAACAACGGACAGUUUUGCCAAAACUUGUCAGCUGAGCACUCUAAUUUAUUGUUUUGUUUAGUGUUUUACCUUUUAUUUUUUUGGUUUUACUUCUGUCUAACGAAGGAGAUUUUUAUCUUCCAAGUCAGUUGGAAAGCUAUGCGUUGCUUAAAAAAGUAUAAAAGUUAGCACACCUAAAGUGUAGAAGAACUAUUGCAUAUAUUAUCAGAGUUGAUCUUUGUUUAGUAGCACCUUGUCAUCAUAAUACACAUACAUAACAUUUAUUAGAUUGAACUGGUGGAGUGAAAGGGAACAACAUUUUAAGUUCGCCAUCUCAGGACAGUAUCGAAGACUGUAGUGAAUCAGCUUUCGUACAAACUGGUCUGUCACUUACUCAAGCCUAUGGCACAAUUGUUUUGUAGCAUUAAAAAAACAUAAAGAAAAAUAUGUUAAUGAGAACCAUGUAGAGGAAUGGAUUUUUACUGUUUUGAUUGACAUUUGGGCGAAGGGAUUUAAAAUUGUGUUUUUAUAAGUUGACCUUAUGUCAAUGUUAGCUAAUUGUAUGUCUCAAGGUGGUCUGUUUGUUGUGCUGUGCAGGUUACAAAGCAGGUCUUGGCAAGGAUGGGAUUUGUUUAUGAAAUUGGCAAAAGUCAUACAAAUUCAGUGGAAAAUGGUAUGUUUUUUGACUGUUAUGAAACGGAGUUCAGGUGACAGGGAAAAUGUUUACAUGAGAUUUGGUAUGUGCCUACAAUUCUCUUGACAUUCCUUACGUGACUGAAAGAAGGAUGGGAGAGAGUUCUGGUUCGACUGCCACUCCUUGCUAGGUCGUCAGGUCAAUCAUGGGUUUGGUUUCUAGGAGAGGAAUGGUAUUUUUAACAGCUGUGAAAGGAAUGACAUUUCAGCAAGCAUGUGUUUUUCUACACAUAAUUAGGUGCUGUGAACACAAAUCGAAGUCUAAAGUUAAUAUGUUGGUGCUUUUAACUUGUUUUUAGAUGUUUUUCUUUGUUUCCAGAGGAAACUUUGCAGUUUUUUUAACCAGUUCUGUCUCCUAGCGAAUGGGGUGUUUGCUUGAGUGGUGAUGAUGCUACAUGCUACAAGGAUGGUGUAGAAUAGGCAAAAUUGAGUGGCUUCAGGAACAAUGUUGUGGAUCGAGUGUGGAAGUAGGGAGCCAGUUGAUUGCGACGUGCUUGCACUCUUAAAAAAAAGAAAAGCUAAGCUAAGAGACAGUAUUUACUUGAAUUUGAUGAGCUUACGCCUCCUCCGUAGAUUCUAGUGCACCUCUCAGUAAGACGAGGCUGGUUGAAGAGUUGUGAGUUGAUGGAGAGGCACUUUUGGAUAAUAGCUAGAUGCCUGUUGUCUGAUUGAUCAGACUGUAGCCUUUUGGAUUUGCUUUCUCUCUACGACCCCACUCCCCUUUUGUGAGCUGUUGCUGAGUUGAAACAGUUUAUAUUUUAUUUUGUCUUUUCUUUCAUAUGCUGUAUUCCUUUUGUGGGUUUGGGAGGACAAGGCCAGAGUUUAAAAAAAAAAAAAUCUGAAAUGUUUGUUCCCUUUCGAAGCCAAAGAAUAAUCAUCUUGUGAGGAUUAACAAAAAGUUUUAACAGCAGUGAACUCCUCUAAUACAUUGCAGAGCUGAUAGGCACCACAAAAGAUGACACAAUUAAGAACACACAUUUUCCUCAACAUUGAAAGACGUUCAUUGGCCAUUUAUUUCUUUUUGUUUUCUUUUUGGAUUCAUUUUAGUGAUAUUCGUCUAACUGACUUGGGUUUUAAAGCUUUGAAAAAAAAGAUGUUUUAUUUAUUUAUUUCUUAUAACGUUUCUCAAAGAAGACCUAAUAUAAACAGGAGUAGAAUGUGUGCUGUUGGCUUUGGUAACCAUGGAGUGACUUCCGAUGUAAUGCACAAAAAGAACUUUAUCUGCCACUUACUCGAAGACUCAACACAAGAAGAAGACAAGCAUGAAAGACAAAAGGCAAUCACAGGAUUAAUUCUCUUUGUUUUGUUUGUGGACACUGGAGAAUGAACGACUGGACACAUUAGACACUUGCACACCUAGUCGAGGAAUGGGGAUGAUGGUGAGGUGAGGCGCUCACUGACUCUCACGCUCACUCGCACUCACUCUUGUCUGCUCGCUUGAGCAUGGGCAUAGUCUCUCUCACCAACCCACCCACCCAACUUCCCUUCGCCGCUGGUUGGCAUCCUCGCUGCCAAGUCCCCUUUACCCGCACAACCCCUGACCUGCACACCGUCCAUCUAUCCUUGACGAGCACCAUUGGGCCUACUCGACCCGCUAAUGCACACUGAGCAGCAGAGACGACGACGACUAUGGAGGCAGUUUGUACUCAGACGAUUUGCUGGUUUUGUUUUUGUUUUGUUUCUUUUUUUGUAUUUUAUUUCCUUUUGUGGAUUGACUAGUGGUGGGGGAAGUCAUCUGUGCCCUUAGUUUCCAAUACAAAAAUGUGCCUUUGGUUAUCAAUGCCAUUCAUUUUCUUACCCAAAACAGAAACAGCGAAAGCCCCCCCUUUUGUCCUGCACAGGAUACAUGUAGGCACAUGGAGAUCUAGUACAUGUGGUGAGUCUAGAGCAACACCCAAAGAUGUAUGAACUCCCCCAGAAAAGAAAAGCCAUGAAAUGGCAAUAAGGGGGAAAAGGAGGACCGAAAGACCGAGGCCACUCGAUUGAUUUUUUUAGGAUGUUUUUACAAGUCGUUUACACAAAUAGGGGGAUUUAAAUCCCCCUGUUUAAGGAGAAUUAGAGCUUUCUCAAGGACCCUUCGCCAACAGGGAAUUGUAUGUAAACAGAUAGCCAUCACCUUUGGCAGCAGUGCUUGCCCUCGUGGCAAAAGCUCUGUUGCGCCUAUCUUGUCUUAACAUCCAAGUAUCCAAGGGGUUACAUUUUGCUUCGGUUGUACAACUCUAGGGAAAAAACACACACACAAUUUUACUAAUAUUUUACCUCAGACUGUUGUGAUAAUCCUUGUGACUUUUAUCAAACCCAGGGCAUUUGGUAUAUACCAAAGUGCAUUCCUUUCUAUUUUUGUGGCUGAGGGAUUAGGGGUGGGUGGGGGAAAAAACAGCAGAAUCAGAAAAAAAAGCAGCCGGUGGAUUUUACUCUAUUAUUGUAAUCAGAGCAAAAGGCACUCCAGCCACUUUUUUGUCUCUCAAAGGGCCAUAUUUGGAGAAUGUGUGUCUUCAGUAGUGAAGGAAAAGAAGAAAAAAAAAAGAGAGAAGAGCGGAGACGUGACGAGAGGGGGCAGGGGAGGAGGACGAUAAGGCUAAGGUUAGCUAAACGCUAACCAGUUACACCACCUGUUGUUACUUAGGUGAAUGAUGUAGCAUAACUCCUAGACUUCUGUUUUGACAUGGAUGGAUGUAUCCUUGGUGUAGUGGCGCACUGCCCCCUCCUCCUCCCUCUUCCCCUCAGAAAGAGAAAAUGCAGAGUAAAUCCACAGUGAGUCAAUAUCCAGCCCUAUGUGCAAAGACAAAGUAGCGGAGUUUGGGGAAGGGGGGACUAUGUUCAACAACUAGCAAUUGUUUUUUUGCUAGUUUAGUUGCGGACUCACAUGAUUUUUGUCUCAGAAUGGUAGUCCUCCCUCUCGAAUUGAGCUACUCGCUGUCAAUUUUGAAGUCAACCUUUGUAGAAACAAAAUUAAAUGGAAUGGAAAAAAUAAGCAACAAAGUUGACACAUGUUUGUACUCUACAGAAGUACGUAUCUGUACAUAUGUGAUAUUUGAUAUGGAUUCAGUGUGGAUGUGUACAUAUGUAUAAUGUUUUAUUUUUUGUUUUAUUUUUUUGUGAAAUGCUGCUGAAAAACACUACAUGGAUGUAGUGAGUUUUGAUCAAGGCGGCCAGUUUCAAUGUACUGUACAGCUAUUGGAAGUUUAACUUUUUUUCUAGUGAUCAUUUGUUAAAUUUUAUUGUCGUGGCCGGGAAAAUAUUAAUAAAAAAAGGUUUUAAUGUUCAUCUUUA